AAUAUUCAGCUUUAAACCUGAUCAAUAUAUCGAACACGAACUCAACUUAUCAGAUGUAACAACAAAAAUGUGAUCUUACACUGACUAGACUGGGGGAGAUAAUUUUGAGACCAAGAAGUCUUAAACAAAUGGAAUCAAGUGUCUGACGAUGGACCCCAAGCGCUGUAUCCAGGACGUGUUACGGUGUGACCUCUGUGAUAACCCGGCUCCCUCUAUGUACUGUGACUUUUGCAACAAAUAUCUCUGCAAACCCUGUGUAGGGAAACACCUAUCAGAUUUAUCCAAAGAACACAAAGUGGUGCCAUUCGAAAAGCGGGGGUCCACUCCAUAUUACCCCAAAUGCCAAAAGCAUUUAUCAAAACAAUGUGAACUUCACUGUAAACCUUGUGACAUUCCUAUCUGUGUACAUUGUGUUUCCUCUGGUGAACAUCUUGGCCAUGAAGCGGUUGACAUCUUGAUAAGAUUUGAAAGCAUAAAAGAAGUCAUUCACAGAGAUUUAUCAGAAUUAGAGAAUGUCAUUUAUCCAAAAUACGAAGAUAUUUUAUCUAACAUUCCAGCUCGUAAAGCGGAUUUAAAUGAAAACUCCGAAAAAUUGAAAACAGCCAUCAACAGACGAGGAGAAGAAUUGCACAGAGAAAUAGACACCAUUUCUCAGAAAAUCAAAGCUGAUCUUGUUGAAUUGAACACCAAACACAUAGCUGACCUUAAUACACAAGAAAGCGAUAUUCAGCACACAAUUUCUGGAAUCACACAGACCAUUGAAGAUUUGAGGAAUAUACUGGACUCCAAUGAUGUCAGCAUUGCCUGUGCCUACAAAUCUAGGAAUGAUAAAUUCAGAGAAUUGCCUCCUAAGCUCAAAGUGUGUUUACCAACUUUUACUCCCCAGAAGACCAAUAAAGAAGGGAUUUAUCAACAAUUUGGUUCUUUCUCAGCAUUUUCUAAUGAAACAGAAGAAACAGAGGAACAUAUCUUCGCAAUGGAUUCUCCAGCUACUGAGACAUCUCCUUCAGACAGAUCGUUUAUUGAUAAACCAUGGAUCAUAACAGAGAUAAACAGCAAGUAUGGUAGAGUAUGCAGCAUUUCGUGUCUGAAUGAUGAAAAUAUUUGGACAAGUGGUAGGGAUAAAAUUAUGAGACUCUACAACCUUCACGGAGAACUCGUUAAGUCAGUUCAAACCAAAUCAGGGAUAAAACCUUUAUUUAUGCACGACAUUACAGUGACAAUGAAAGGGGAUCUCGUUUAUACUGAUUUUGACGAUAGAACUGUGAAUAUAGUGAAGAAUACACAUAUAUACAAAGUGAUCAAACUACGGGGAUGGAGACCUCGCAAUAUCUGUUGUACCUCUUCUGGUAAGCUCCUUGUUGUCAUGGACAGCGAUGAUGAUAAACAAACAAAAGUUGUGCGUUACUCUGGCUCCAAAGUAGAACGAAGUAUACAAUUUAAUGACUACGGACAACCUCUCUAUUCAUCUGGUUCUUACUACAUAAAAUACAUCACAGAGAACAGGAACUUUGAUAUCUGCGUGUCUGACAAUAAAGCUGGUGCACUAGUGGUGGUCAAUCAGGCCGGGAAACACCGGUUUACAUACACUGGUCAUCCGGGAUCAUUGAUCAAACGACUUUUUUCCUUUGCUGGUUCCCUCUUUACUACCAAGGAAUUAUUUAAUCCACGCGGCAUCACUACAGACAGUCAAAGUCGGAUACUGACAGCAGAUUGGACCACCAAUUGCAUCCAUAUCCUGGAUCAGGACGGACAAUUUCUCCGCUACAUUGACAACUGCGAUAUACAAACUCCAUGGGGUUUAUGUGUGGACACCAGCGACAACCUCUUUGUGGCUGAGUACGCCACAGAGAAAGUAAAGAAAAUAAAAUACUAUAAGUAAACACAGUUAAAGAAUGCUACAGCAAAAUAUACAUUCUUUUCGCUCAUUUUGUAGGAUUACGACUGUAGAUUUUCAGUAAAGCUUUGUUAAGAUGUCGUCCCAUGAACAUGAUUUUACGUAACUCCUAAUCAUGAGAAAAAGUAGGGAAAUACGACUUUUUCACAAUAUCAUGUUUGUUUUAACAGAAUACAGUGCUUUUAAUAUAUGAGGUGCUUUUAACAUUAUAUGCGGUCAUUCUAACAUAUAUGUGGUUAACACAACAUUAUGUUAUGUACGUCUGACAUUAUAUACAGUAUAUUCAUUAUCAUGAGUAGUAUUUCUGUUAUUAUGAUGAUGAUAAUGAUGAGCGUUAAAUAUUAUAUCCGGUCCUGUUAGCAUUCCGCUCGGUAGAUUUUGCAUUUUGUUGUGAUAUAAACACAGUAUUAAGCUCAUGUGCUAUGAUUUAUUUUUUAUGAUGAUGACCUUUUAAACGCUUAUUUUCGGAAUUUCUCUGGAAUACAUGCGAAGAGUUUUCAGUAAGGCGGACCAUUUGAUAAGGUACACUUGGUAUGACCUUGGAAUGUUAUGUAAAAUGACACUCCUGACAAAGAAGAUAUACACGAAAUGCAAGGUGGAUCUAUAUUUUGAUGUUAAAAAUAAUUAUCUAAAUUUAUUCAUUUAAACAAUAAACUAAGAAUUUCUAAAUUUUACAAAGCAGCAUUAUUUUCGAAAAGUUCAUACCUUUAACUUUGCUAGAAAUAUCCUUAAGGUAUGAGAAAACUGUUAUUUAAUGGUAUUUGCGCGAAAUAAGCUUUAGCGUCUCUUAAAGAAGUUCGUUCCUCGCCUUUUGGGUAACUAUUUUAUGUCACCUC